CUUCUUGCCCCUCGACUUGGUAGCCAAGUACCCAAGCCUAGUGACAGAAGACAACUUGCUGUGGCUAGCUGAAACGGUGGCCCUGAUCGAAUGCGAAUGCAGUGAAUUCCGCUUCAUUGGUGAUUGCUCUGUCUAGAAGUGGCCACCUGUCCCCACCCCCACCCCCCCACCCUGUACCCACACCUAGCAAGGUCUAUUUGUUGCUUCCGGCCUGAGGACUUUCUCUGAGCAGAAGCUAUGGAACAUGAUGAUCUUCCAGGAGGCAAGCAGAAUCCAGCAUGAGGCUCUCACUUAACUCAGAGCUUUUUUUUGGCUUGGUUUGGUUUUUGAAACAUGGUCUCUCUAUGUAUUCCUGGCUGUCCUGGAACUUGCUAUGUAGAACAGGCUUCCCUCAAACACACAAAGAUCCACCUGCCUCUGCCUCUUGAGUGCUGGGAUUAAAGGCAUAUACUUCCAUGCACUGCCCAGCUCAGAAAUAUUUUAGCUCCUAUUUCUUUCGUGAUGGUCUAGCCAUAAAGGGACACUGAAAUGCCCUAAGGCGUAGAGAUGAUGGUAAAGGUAGAGGAUUGAGUUGAACUCUGGUCUCAUACUUUGCUUAUGUCCCUAGCUAGACUCUAGGCUUCUGCUAAUCUCAACAUACAGCAAGGAAAUAGGAUUGUUUCAAAGACAGUAUCUGCUUUCUUUUCCAUUACACUUUUGGAGUGUAAAGAAAGGGGGUAAAUAAUGGCAGUCUUCCCAGAAUCAUGUAGAACUGGCAGCCUGAACUGAGGAGGGAUGCGAUCUCUCAUCCUUCCCAGAAGGGAGCCUCCCUUCCCACACUGCCCCAGGACUAGCUUUGCUGGCCUGUGAGCCGAAGGCCUCUCUGCUAUCUCGAUAACCAGAAACCCAGAUGGACAGGACAAUAAACCCCAAGUUAUGUCAGGGGCCAAAUGCUUGAGGUCCCAGCUAUCCAGACUCAGUGUCUCUGCUGCGCUCCUGCAUCUCUGAGUUGUUUCUCACAGGGACUUAGUGCUGGUUCCAUCUCUGCUUCCUGUACUGCAAUCCAGCAGAGACAACCUGCAGGCGCCUCCUGGCAGCCCAGGCUCGACCAGGCCUCUCCUCUCUAACAAGACAACUCCCUCUUUCAGAAUGACUUGCUCUGGGGUCAAGACUCUUAGGUGAAUUUUCUACGCUCACACAAGAUUUUGCUACCAGAUAACUUCUCCAACAUAGAUGUGUUAGAAGCAGAAGUAGAAAUUCUGGAAAUCCCUGAGCUUACAGAAGCUGUACGUUUGUACCGGAUGAACAUGGCGUUGCAACCAGCAUUGCCAGGGCCGAAGGGAGGCCUGCUUAGCCUGGAGCAGAAGGAGCCUAGUCUGGGUGGCUGUUCCCGGACCUCCGGUCCACCUCUAAGUCCUGGAAAGGGGGGUCGUACAGCCAGUCUGGAGUCUGUGAAACCACUGUACAUGAUGGCCCUGGGCCUGCUGGUCAAGUAUCCAGACUCUGCGCUGGGACAGCUUCGCAUUGAGAGCACACUGGACGGAAGCAGACUGUACAUCACAGGGAACGGCGUCCUUUUCCAGCAUGUCAGGAACUGGCUGGGUACUUGUCGGCUGCCCCUGACUGAGACCAUCUCUGAGGUGUAUGAGCUCUGUGCCUUCCUGGACAAGAGGGACAUCACCUAUGAGCCAAUGAAAGUGGCUCUGAAGACUCAUCUGGAGCCGAGGACUUUGCCACCCAUGGAUGUGCUCAGUUCCACAGAUGAGUGGGCAGCCGAGGUCACUAUCUACUCACCACAACAGAUCAUCAAGCUUUAUGUUGGAAGCCACUGGUAUGCAACCACUCUGCAGACCCUGAUGAAGUACCCAGAACUGCUAUCCAACACUCAGAGAGUGUACUGGAUCACCUAUGGACAGACCUUGCUCAUUCACGGUGAUGGCCAAAUGUUCCGACACAUUCUCAACUUCCUGAGACUUGGAAAACUGUUUUUACCAUCAGAAUUUAAGGAAUGGCCUCUCUUCUGCCAGGAGGUGGAGGAAUAUCAUAUUCCAGCCCUCUCAGAAGCCCUGGCACAAUGUGAGGCAUACAAGUCAUGGACUCAGGAAAAAGAAUCUGAAAAUGAAGAAGCUUUUCCCAUUAGGAAGCUGCAUGUGGUGACUGAAGGGACAGGGCCGAUGGUAGAUUUCAAUAGAGAUGCCAAGGAAACCACAGCCUGCAUGCCUGUGGACUUCCAAGAAUGCAGUGACAGGACUUCAUGGAACAAGGCUAAAGGGAACCUGACCAGGUCCAGCCAGAUGGAAGAGGCUGAACAGUAUACCCGGACUAUCCAGGUCUCUCUAUGCAGAAAUGCCAAGAGGGGAGGCAAUCCUAGCACAUACUCACACUGUUCUGGCUUAUGUGCCAACCCCAGACACUGGGGAGGUCACUCUGAGAGUCCCCCCAAGAAGAAGUGCACCACUAUAAACCUCACACAGAAAUCUGAUGCCAAAGACCCUCCUGUCACCCCCAUGCAAAAACUCAUAUCUUUGGUAAGGGAAUGGGACAUGGUCAACUGUAAACAGUGGGAAUUCCAGCCACUGACAGCCUCCAGGAGCAGCUCUUUGGAGGAGCCUAGCCUGCAUGUCCCCUCCGGAAGUGAGGCUGCUUCCCAACCUGGUACCUCAGCUGUCUGGAAAGCUCAUUCCAUAAGCUCUGAGAAGGAUACUGGUCCCCAGACUGGACCUGGAGCAGGAGUGAAAGACAAGGGUCCUGAGCCGACCUUUAAGCCAUACUUCCCCACAAAAAGAGCUGUCACCCUAAAGGACUGGGGCAAGCAGAGACCCAAGGAGAGAGAAAACCCUGCUCCCGAGCAACCUCUGCCUAAUGUUAAUGGGAUAGACAACCCAGGGGCCAUCCUCAAAGUGACUCACCCCCCUGUGGUGGGCAGUGAUGGCUCCUGCAUGUUCUUUGAAGACAGCAUUAUCUACACCACCCAAAUGGAUAACAUCAAGCAUACACCACUCACAGCCAGUCCCCAGCCUCGAGAGGUGACUUUCCUGAGCUUCUCUCUGUCCUGGGAAGAGAUGUUUUAUGCACAGAAAUGUCACCACUUCCUGACCGACAUCAUCUUGGAUUCCAUCAGGCAAAAGGAUCCCAAAGCUAUCACAGCCAAGGUGGUGUCUCUGGCCUACCGGCUGUGGACGCUGAACAUCAGCCCCAAGCAGUUUGUGGUGGAUUUGCUGGCCAUCGCUGGCUUCAAGGAUGACCGGCACACUCAGGAGCGUCUGUACAGCUGGGUAGAGCUCACACUGCCUUUCGCCAGAAAAUAUGGGCGUUGCGUGGACCUGCUCAUCCAGAGGGGACUGUCUAGGUCUGUCUCUUACUCAGUCCUGGGCAAGUAUUUACAAGAGGGCUAGAGUACUCAGAAAUGUUGAUCCCACAGAUGAUCACCAUAGACCAGUUGCCCAAGGUUCAUCUCUGUGGAAACCUCCAGAAUGCACAUGCCCAGCCAAUGAUACAAAUCACUUUAUUUUUUAUUAUAAACAAAUAAAAAAGUAAAUUAUAAGACAAA